GAGAGAGAGAGAGAAACCUGGAGAAGAACAAGGAUAGCGCCAGCCAAUCAGAAAUCCCCUCAGGCGUUUAAAGGGAUGGUGGGCAGUCUCUCGGGGCUUUAUGAGCGACUUAUUUUACAACCUCCACAUAUUCUCUCGUCUUGACCUCCCACGGACACUCAAACAGAGCCGAGCGUUCGGAUGACUAACAGCCCGUUUCACCUGACUCGGCAUGGCUCUGUCCUGAGUGGCGCUUUUCUUCUUUUUCCUCCAUGUGAGCUGCUGCUGGAUGCUAUACUCGCCCUCCCCCCGCCGCACUUGUUGCGCAGAGACUGGAUGCGCCGCUGAGUCCUUGGAGAGGAGAGGCAGGGACGGACGGCAACAGGUGCACACAGAGAAUCUUUCCUAAAAAGGCUGCACCGGAGAUAAAACACAACUUUAAAUGCCGAUUUGAAGAUCUUUUGUCCGUCUUCAGCCUUCACCGCGCGCACAAAACCAGGAUGCCGGUUCUGACGAGCCCCGACAUUGCCAACAAGUUCAAUGAGAAAUGGCUGGAGGUUUACCCCGAAGAUCAGGUCACCGGGUCCGACUCUGUCCCCCUGGACGACAGCCUCACUAGCCUCCACUGGCUCCAGAAUUUCUCCAUCCUCAACGCGGAUCCGGAGCGACCCAACGGAGCUGGACCGGGCUGCCCGUCCUCCCAGCAGCACCUGUAUCUCAAGCGGCUCGGCUUCCCCAGAGGUGGCACCGACUCUCCGUCCAGCCCGCCGGCCGGGGACACCGCCGCCACCGGGAUGCCUCUGUACCUCGGGAGCCCCGUCACCUCUGGCAGCGAGUCCACCGCGGAGCCGCUGUUCGCCAACUGCGCACAUCCAGGGAACGGCUACGUCCAGAUCCCCAUCCAGGCCAGCCCGCCUGUGGAAGUCGACUACAAAAGCAACCCUAAAGUCAAACCGCCCUAUUCCUACGCUUCUCUCAUCUGCAUGGCCAUGCAGGCCAGCAAGCAGCCCAAAGUGACUCUGUCCACCAUCUACAACUGGAUAACGGAGAAUUUCUGCUACUACAGACACGCGGAGCCCAGCUGGCAGAACUCGAUUCGUCACAACCUGUCCCUCAACAAGUGUUUCAGGAAGGUCCCCAGACAGAAAGACGAGCCAGGGAAGGGAGGCUUCUGGCAGAUCGAUCCACAGUAUGCAGAUAUGUUUGUCAAUGGCAUCUUCAAACGCAGAAGGAUGUCUGCUAACAACUACAACAACAACAGCAGCAGCAGUGGCACUCACAGACAGAACAAACUGGUUCAGGGUUAUCACAGCACCCAAAAUGGCUGCCCUUACCAAGGGCUGGGCGGCAAACGGAAGCACCUGCCCUCUAAGAACAACAGCAAGGCAAUGAGGGCGACUGAGUCCCCUCUUUUAGCUACAGAGGCCCACAAAGCAGACAUCCUGAGGGGGGACUUUGACCUUGCGUCCGUGUUCGACGACGUUCUCAGCGGGAACUGUAGCACCUUCGAGGAUUUGGACAUCAACAUGGCGCUGAGCUCCCUGGGCUGCGAGAUGGAGGUUUCCAUGCAGGGGAGGCAGCAGUCGGCGGGGCUGGGGAGGUGGUGCGGCGGAGGGGACGUCAUGGGUCAGAGCCAGCAACUGAACCACCACCACUCCUACGGUUACAUGGAUUGCACGCUCAAUAUGGGAGAGCUCCACGUGCCACCGCCGCCGCAGCAGCAUCCUCAGCAUCCGCAGCAUUUGGACCAGGAUCAGCUGCUCCAAAGCCACCACCACCACCUGCAGCAGUUCGACGAGCCCUCCGCGCUCUUCCCGGAGCAGCCUGAGGAGGCGGUGCUGCAGCCCUGGGAGGAGAUCAAAGAAGAGGCGCAGGCGAUUCCUCUGACUCUGGAUCAAGGCUUCGGACUAUGCGAGAGCUUCUUCACAGAGAUGCAGCCAUGGGAACGAGUGGAGGCCUAUCUGUGACCUUUGACCCUACACGUCAUUGACUCCUACUUAUCUACUCCCAAUGCCCUGAAGUCAAUCAUGUCUGAUUACUGAUCCAAUAUUAACCCCCAAAAGAUUACCACCGGUUAGAAAUACAGCCAAGCUGCGUCUGCAUCCAAUCAUUCUGCAAUACACUGCAUCUGUAAUUUUUUUUUUUUUGUAACAUUUACUUGUCCUUUUGUUAAAAAACAAACAUGAUAAAGUCGAAAUUGUCUUAAACUGUGAACCCAGUUAACAAAGAUUCUCUUACCAAAAGACAUUGAUCUGACUAUAAAGUUUGUUGGGCAACGUGAUUGGGGAUUAUUCCCUGGCAUAUAAUCCCAUUUCUUCAUAAAGGGUGCCAGGAGAUUGACAGUAGUGUGUAUCAUGACACAACACUGAUAUAUCAGGCACAAUGAAAUGACAAUACAACAGAGAAACUUUUAUAAACCAAAUUAAAGUUUCAUGUGGACUGCGGAGGAUUAUCGCACUCUGUAGAAUGUAUGGCAGCAAAUGUUUUCAUCAGAAGGAAGAAAAAUGACGAGACUGCGUGCA